AAUCUGGGCCCCACCUGCUCUGGUCAGACAGGUUUGGAGACACAGGUAAAGGGAGGGAGACAGAGAAAUACUUGCAGAGCCAGCACGGAGCUGGGCAGUUGCUUCCUGGACUGGACGCUGGGGACCCUCCACCUCUCUCCCGACAGAAAGAUGACGGGACCUUAGGCUGGACCCCAGAACUGAAGCCCCAGCAUGACAGAGCCUGAGACCCUGGCCCUGCUGGAAGUGAAGAGGCCUGAGGCCCCGGAGAAGAGCCCACCCCAGGACCUGGUUCCCAAUGGCCGGCAGCCAGAAGGGGGAGGCGGGGCCGAGUCCCCUGAAGGCGGGUCCCUCCAAGUGGAGUCUUCAGCUGGCUCUGCCUCAGCCAGAGAGGCCACCGAGGAUGGCCUGGACAGCACAGUGAGCGAGGCCGCCACCUUGCCCUGGGGCACCGACCCCCAGCCCACUGCGCCCUUCCCAGACCCUCCCGGCUGGAGGGACGUGGAGUCAGAGCCGCUCGAGCCCGAGCUGCCCGUCAGGCCCGAGGGGCUGCCUGAGGAUGAUGCCAACCUGCUGCCUGCCAAGGCUGCCCGGGCCUUCGUGCCCAUCGACCUGCAGUGCAUCGAGCGGCGGCCCCAGGAGGACCUCAUCGUGCGCUGCGAGGCGGGCGAGGGCGAGCGUCGGUCCUUCCUGCCCCCCCGGCUCCCCCACAUUGAGCCCCCCGAGUGCAAGUGGGCCGAGGCCGUGGUGAGGCCCCCCAGCCGCUCCUGCGGGAGCUGCGGAAGCUGCGGAGGCCGUGAGGGGCUGAGGGCUGUGGCCUCGGUGGGAGCCGCCCUCGUCCUCUUCCCGUGCCUGCUGUACGGAGCCUACGCCUUCCUGCCCUUCGACGCCCCACGGCUGCCCACCCUGAGCUCCCGCCUGGUCUACACACUGCGCUGCGGGGUCUUUGCCACCUUCCCCAUCGUGCUGGGGCUCCUGGUGUACGGGCUGAGCCUGUUGUGCUUUUCUGCCCUACGGCCCUUUGGAGAGCCCCGGCGGGAGGUGGAGAUCCACCGGAGAUACGUGGCCCAGUCGGUCCAGCUCUUCAUCCUGUACUUCUUCAACCUGGCCGUGCUCUCCACCUACCUGCCCCAGGACACCCUCAAGCUGCUCCCUCUGCUCACCGGCCUCUUCGCCGUCUCUCGGCUGAUCUACUGGCUGACCUUCGCCGUGGGCCGCUCCUUCCGCGGCUUCGGCUACGGCCUCACCUUCCUGCCGCUGCUGUCCAUGCUGGUGUGGAACCUCUACUACAUGUUCGUGGUGGAGCCCGAGCGCAUGCUCACCGCUGCCGAGAGCCGCCUGGACUACCCGGACCACGCUCGCUCGGCCUCGGACCACAGGCCCCGCCCCUGGGGCUGAGCCGCCCGGCGCCCGGCCCAGCCCAGCCCUGCCCUGCCCUGCCCUGCCCUGCCCUGCCCGGGCGCGGCGAGCCCGGACUUUGCGCCUACGUGAGGGAGGGAGCCAGUCUUUUCCUCGGCACAGGCCUGUCCUGUUAGGAUGCUGAGGGCCUGGCCGGGACGAGCAGGAGAGGCCCAGCCUCCCUCCGCGGCUCCCGGACUCUGCUCCCCCUCGCAGGCACUCCCUGUGCCGCCGCGGCUCUCAGCCAAAGGCCUCCAGGAGGCUGGAGAUACUCAGCCAUGCCCAAAGACAGAGGCUGAGUUUCAGAUCAAGCCAGGACUUCCGGUUUGAGGAUGACCUCCCCGGGGGCCUGGGUUCAGGUCUGUCCAAGACGAGCCUGUUGGACUGUUCGGCCCCAGUUCAAAGCUGCUGCCUUCUUUCUCUCCCUUCCAACCUCAGCGGCCCCUGGAACUUCCCACCCCGAAAACUGCCCAGAAGUCCUGCCACGCCCAUGGGAAGAGAGGAGGGCCAGGGAAAUCUGCCACCCAAGAGGAGCAGGUGUGUGUGUGUGUGUCUGAACGCGUGUGCACAUGGUGGGGUGGGAAUGCUUGGAAGGCACAGUGGCUGAUGUUAACCCCCGUGAGUGUGUAUAUGUAUAACAAUAAAUUGCUACUAGGUCUACAA